GGGCGGCUGCGCGGCCCCGAGCGCCGCGAGAUGCAGCGGGAGAUCCUCUCCAUCCUCGGCCUGCCGCACCGCCCGCGGCCGCACCUCCACGGCAAGCACAACUCGGCCCCCAUGUUCAUGCUGGACCUCUACAAUGCCAUGUCCGUGGAGGAGGGGGCGGCGGGGGCAGCCGGGGAGGACGGCGAGGGCUUCUCUUACCCCUACAAGCCCAUCUUCAGCACCCAGGGGCCGCCUCUGGCCAGCCUGCAGGACAGCAACUUCCUCACCGAGGCUGACAUGGUCAUGAGCUUCGUCAACUUGGUGGAGCAUGACAGGGAGUUUCAGCACCAGCGCUGCCACUACCGAGAGUUCAGGUUUGAUCUGUCGCGGAUCCCGGAGGGGGAGGCGGUGACGGCGGCCGAGUUCAGGAUUUACAAGGAUUACAUCCGCGAGCGCUUCGACAACGAAACCUUCCAGAUCAGCGUCUACCAGGUCCUGCAGGAGCACCCAGGAAGGGAUUCAGAUUUGUUCCUGCUGGACUCCAGGACGAUCUGGGCUGCAGAGGAAGGGUGGCUGGUGUUUGACAUCACUGCCACCAGUAACCACUGGGUGGUGAAUCCCCAGCACAACCUUGGCCUGCAGCUCUCAGUGGAAGGUGUUGAUGGGCAGAGCAUCAACCCCAAGCUGGCGGGGCUGAUCGGGAGGCACGGCCCCCAGAACAAGCAGCCCUUCACCGUCGCCUUCUUCAAAGCCACCGAGGUGCACCUGCGCAGCAUCCGCUCGGCGGGGGGCAAGCAGCGCAGCCAGAACCGCUCCAAAGCCCCCAAAAACCAGGAGGCUUUUCGGGUCUCCAACAUUGCAGAGAACAGCAGCAGUGACCAGCGACAGGCCUGCAAGAAACACGAGCUCUACGUCAGCUUCAGGGACCUGGGGUGGCAGGACUGGAUCAUCGCUCCGGAGGGCUAUGCUGCCUAUUACUGUGAAGGAGAAUGUGCUUUCCCCUUGAAUUCCUACAUGAAUGCUACAAACCAUGCCAUUGUACAGACACUGGUUCACUUUAUAAACCCAGAGACUGUGCCGAAACCCUGCUGUGCUCCUACACAACUCAAUGCCAUCUCAGUGCUCUAUUUUGAUGACAGCUCCAAUGUCAUCUUAAAAAAAUACAGGAACAUGGUGGUACGAGCAUGUGGCUGCCACUAGAUUCGUAGGAAGGAGAAAGGAGAAAGAAAAAGAAGUUAUUUGUGAAGAGUGGGUUUGUGUGGCAGUGUGGGGGAGGGGGAAAGGUUGGUGCUCCAGCCAUGGGUUUAAAAAAGUCCCAAACCAUUCUAGGACCAGGCCUCUGAAAGUUCAGACAAUGGAACAGUUUCUGGAUCUAAGGAGGAGGCAUUUGAACACAUUUUGUUUUAGUUUAUUACAGACAAUGAGCUUGUAAACUGAAACAAGCCAGAGAAACCGUUUAAAACCAAAUCUGCUUACAAAAUUGGCUCCUACAGUACAUACUUUUGCAAAUGAGUCUUUCUGGAGAUUGCAAACUCACCAGUGUUGAUUGUGGGUAAAAGAGUAAUAAUCUAUCCGAGGUGAGACUGUGCUGUGACUAAUAAGUGUGUGUAGUUCCUGUAACACGGUUUGCAAUAAAAUAAGUGAACAAAAUAUACCUGGAGUGAACAGGUAUUUUGUUAGAGAAUUAUUGCUUCCAUCCCUCUGCUUCAAUUUCAUAAGCAAAACCAAGGAUGAGCUAAAUGCAACUUCCAGUUUUUAACUACAGUAGCAAAAGCUGGAUGUGGAUUGACACAAAUUCAGACGACAGAUUAGGUUGAGGAAAAAAAAAAAAAAUCAAUUGGCAAGCAAAAGAACAGAAGAAAAGCGCUUCAGAGAGUGAGAAUUUUGGGGUGUAUCUUUUUCUAUCAAUAAGGAAGGAAAUUCCCUCUUGCAGCCAGAAAGUAUUUCAAUUUGCUAUGAACUUGAAAGAGGAAAGCAGCAAAAUGCUGAGAAACAGGGAUUAACCCUGCUGUUUGUCUGGGGUGUCCUGAGCAGUUACAGAGCUGUAAGCAAAGGUCCUGCUGCUGUGUGGAGGAUGUCCGUGGAUGUCCCUGAGUGAGGGAACAAGCUCCAGCACUUUUGCAAGAACAAGGAGACUCAAGUGCAGAAGGUGCUGCGAGCUGGGAUGCACACCCAGCACCAGACUGGGAACAAGCCAGGAAACCCUUCCUGGGACCAGUGCUUCUGAUAAACCCCUGCU